CCAUUCAGAAUACUCUACUCACUAUGCAGUUUCCAAUUCUAUUCUGGCUUUCGUACCCCACAUAAUAACCCGAUCAUCCUACAGUUCCAUCGGCUUGCCUGCAAUCUCUUCACUCUCUUGCCAGAAUUCAUCACUCAAUCAUGAUUUCGUAAACCACUCGCUUCCAUUGAUUCCCUGAUUUUCACUUCUUGACUUCUUAUGCUGAAUUUCUGGUUUCUUCUCUCUGAUCUUCUUAAAUUCUCCCCCAAUUUUUGAUUGUUUGGCUCCUUUAAUUCCCAAGGGAGUGGGUUUUUGUAUUUGCUGUCAGGAAUGAAGAUUGUGCAAUUGGACGAUGUGGAAUCCAGUAGGGACGAAGGGGGUUAUGAGAACCAGAUUGUGAGGGUUGAUGCAAAGAGAGUGUUAGUUGGAGCAGGUGCUCGGAUCCUGUUUUACCCGACUCUUUUGUAUAAUGUGCUUCGGAAUAAGAUUGAAGCUGAGUUCAGGUGGUGGGAUCAAGUCGAUGAGUUUUUGUUACUGGGUGCUGUUCCAUUCCCUAAAGAUGUUCCACGCUUGAAGAAGCUUGGCGUGGGUGGUGUAAUUACUUUGAAUGAACCUUAUGAAACGUUGGUACCGUCAUCAUUAUAUCAUGCUCAUGAGAUCGAUCAUUUAGUGAUUCCUACAAGGGAUUAUCUGUUUGCCCCUUCACUAGAGGAUAUUAACCGAGCUGUGCAAUUCAUUCAUCAAAAUGCAUGUUGCGGUAAAACCACCUAUGUUCACUGCAAAGCUGGUCGAGGCAGAAGUACAACGAUUGUUCUUUGUUAUUUGGUUGAAUAUAAGCACAUGACACCUGCAAUUGCCCUGGAUUAUGUGAGGUCUCGCAGACCUAGGGUGCUGCUAGCACCAUCACAAUGGAAGGCUGUUCAAAACUACAGCAAGCACCGACCUUCUCUUUCUCCUGGUGCUAGGCCUACCCCUACCCCUAUGCCAUACUCUCCUUCUAGGGACGCAGUCCUUAUAACCCAAGCUGAUCUUGAGGGUUACCAUAGUGCAUGCGAUGCUGGCAUGCAGCUGGCCAUCGUUACUAAAGUGCCGAAGGCCAAGCCCAUGAUAGCAAGACUAUCUUGCCUGUUUGCAUCCCUUAAAGUUUCUGGAAGCACUGUCCCGGCGAUCAGGCGGUUGCCAAUUUCUGAGGCCCGUGCUUGCUAAGCCCAGCUUGACCUGGACGGAGGUGGUCUGUAGAGCAACAUGAUCAUGGGGAUAAGAAGUCAGGUUCAAACAUUUUACUGUGUUGUCGGUGCAAUCGAGUUGUACAUGAAGAGUCUAGUCUGUAUACCAAGAAUGAUAGGAGCGAACGUUUUUAACGAUACCUGUACAUUCAAAAUCAGUUUUUGUGUAGUUCUGUUUCGUAGAUCAACUAUAUCAUACAUGUUAAUGAGUUAUAUCGAGUCAGUAAAAUCGCCUUCUGUUAUCAACGAA